CGUUGGCGUUGACGUCGCUGCUGGCUUCACUGUGCGCAGUCUGCGUUGGCUGCGCAUGCUCAGUUUUUGGCGUCUUCAAGUCAAUCGCCCAACUGGCAAAGGUUUCAGUCGUUAUUUUGGCAGCCAAACGUGCGGAGCUUUUGGCCAAGAGACGCGCGUGCCGCAAAGCCAACAACAAAUCAAAACAACAGCAACAACAACAACAACAACCUAAUCGAGUCUAAUUACAACAAGAGACGAACUGAACAACAUUGGAAAUCUAUCUAACUGAAGCUCUAGCGAAAAUUUGGAUUUGGAACUGCCUGUGAUCGCUCUGACAUUAGCAAAUGGCAAAAGCGUCGAUGCGACGACUGCUUUGAGAGACAAUAGCAAUUACCGCCGGCAGCAAACAUUGCUUAUGUAAUCUCUGUGUUGUCUGACAAUUGACAUUUGGGGCUGACUGUAGCAAAAAAAAGUGAGACACGCCAGCAGAUGGACGGACACAUUCCGCUUGAAGAUGCCGCCGAGACAUCAACAUCAACUGGUCCGGGACUGCGACGUCAGCCCACCAAAUACCCGCAUGGCCUAAACAUAACGGUACAAACUCUGGAUGACGCCAAGGCUGAUGACUAUUCGCGUGCCUCCACACUGCGUAGCAGCAAAAGCAACACCAGCAGUGACGUCGAAUCCUGCUGGGCAGAUACCCAGAAAUACCGCAUCGGUGUAUUGGGCAGUCCCGAGACUCUGGCCGAGCUUCAGGUGCGCCGCUACAAAUAUCCCCUGACGGCCAACUAUUAUUUGAACCGGGCUGGGAAACAACAGCAACAACAACAGGAGAAGCCAACGCCCACACUUAUGUUGUUGGGCUAUGCGAGGCGCGCUUGUCGCUGGAAAUAUCUACGAUGGCCCAUCAUCUUUGUGGCCAGUGUGCUGCUCUUCUUUGGCCUGAUCACCUAUUGCCUGUGGUUGCACGAUGUCAGCGUGACUCGAGCGCGUUUCCUGCAACGUCGCUACGAGGCCAGCUCCACCACCGAGUGCGAGGGGCUGGAGGAGACUACAACAGAGUUACCGACAACGAGCACUGAUCAUAGGAAUAUCAUACAGGAAUCCACGCGACUCAAAGCAAUCGAUAUGAACAGGGAGCAUACCACAGCCUUGUCGGUGACUAAUGGCGCAGAUUCUUUGGAGGGGGACGAUGAUUAUGAUGACAUCUUGCUGCCGGCGGACAGUAUACGCUUCACAUCUGGCCAUCAGAACAGCUUCGGAGUGCCCAUCGAACAUGACAAGCGCAUGCUAGAGAUGCUCAAGGAUCUAUUGCCCAAGCCACAAUCAACACCACCGGCGAAUGUGCAUCUAUUAACGCGUGUGUCUCCGACUCUGCCGCCACCGUCGGGGGUCAGUGGCAGACCCACUGAGGCGAUGACAACGACGCCGUCGAGCAGCAGUGCCAGCGGUUGCAUCUCAACGGCAUUGCCCAUGUGUCGUGGUGUGCUGGACUAUGAUCUGACCUACAACAACAAGGAGAAUGGAGCGCCACGGGAUGCCGCCUCUAUGGAGGCCUACGAGCAACUCAUCAAUGCCAACUGUUCAUCGCGGGCCGUGGAGUUUGUGUGCGCCUCCCUGGAACCCGAGUGUCGUCCCUCGCACAUUGGCCAGCUGCCGCCAUGCAGGCGCAUCUGUAAAGCUAUACUGGAGGCCUGUUCGGUUGUCAUUGCCAACUCGGAUCAGCUGAGUGAACUGUUCGACUGCAGCCAGUAUCCCGAUGUGCAUGAGACGCACAAGUGCGAGGAUCCGACACGUAGACGCGACUACUGUUAUGACAAUGAGUUCCAGUGUCAUGAUGGUAGCUGCAUUCCCCAGCAGUGGCAGUGCGACAAUAUCAAGGAUUGUGCCGGCGGCGAGGAUGAGGAUGAACAGUGUCUGGUUUGUGAGCACGAAGAGUUUCGCUGUCGCUCCAAUGAGAAGUGCAUUGCGGAGAAUCUGCGCUGUGAUCUCAACUAUGACUGCUUCGAUGCCAGCGAUGAGGAGGAUUGCGAUGAUUAUGGUUCCGGGGAUACGGCACCCUUCGAUGAGGCCGAGCUAAACGCCUUUCCGCGCAUCUUCUCCUAUGCCAGUUUCCUCUCACCCAACGAGACAAACGAGAAGCUCUACACAUACAUCACAGCCACCACGGAUGAGGAGGCGGGCACCGAGACCAAGUUUCAGAUACAUCAAGUGGCAGCGCCAGAGCGGUUAGUAAAUUCUAGCUCAGAGGAGCCAUUGGGUGGACCCAAGGGUUUUGUGAACUUUCGCGACAGCAAGGAGAUCAUGAUGACCAGCGACUCGGAGAACAAGUUUAAGUAUUCCUCACAGCGCACCAAUCGCACAGCCAGCAAAUUUAGCGUUCCCACAGCCACUGUGCCCACAAGAAGUGCCAGUGCGAUACCCACAGCGGCACUGGCUCAACAACGCGAAUGGGAACGCAUUACAAUGACCACCAGCAGCCCCACUUCCAGCACUACGGCCAGCACAAUGGCCACGCCCACCGCAGCGCCAGGUCGCUGUCUGCCCCACGAGUUGCGCUGUGUGAGUGGUAAAUGCAUCACAGUUAAUCAAUUGUGCGACAAGCAAGUGGAUUGUCCUGAUGCCGCCGAUGAGAUCAUGUGCGUCUAUCGUGAGCGACCCAGUGCGCGUGUAGUAACCACAACAACAACAACAAUGAGAACCACACCCACAACAACAACAACAAUAGCGCCUACAACAACACCAACAACAACAACAACAACGAGACGUUCUGUCAGAACAAAUCCCAAUCGAAGUCGAAAGCCCAAAUCCUAGAAUCUUGGAUCAUAGCUGAAUGUACAUUUUAUGAAUUUUUAUACAUACUUAUAUAAUUAUUAUUAUUAUUUAU